AUGGAGGCGGGCGGAGGGUUCAGGGACGAGAGGGUGCCGCAGUGGGGCGCGCAGGAGACGCGGGAGCUCAUCGCGGCGCGCGGGGAGCUGGAGCGGGAGGCCGCCGCGUCCACGGGCCGCAGCGCCAAGACGCUGUGGGAGGCGGUGGCGGACGCGCUACGGGCGCGCGGGUACCGCCGCACCGCCGACCAGUGCAAGUGCAAGUGGAAGAAUCUCGUCAACCGCUACAAGGGGAAAGAAACAUCUGAUCCAGAAAAUGGUAGACACUGCCCCUUCUUCGAAGAAUUACAUGCAGUCUUCACUGAACGUGCUAGAAACAUGCAACGGCAACUCCUUCAGUCUGAAUCAGGAGCUUCAGUUAAAAAGAAACUAAAGAGGCCUAGCGGUGACCGGUCACCUGGGGAGUCUGAUGACGAAGAAGAUGAUGCUGAAGCAACCGAGGACGAGAAACCCAUGAGAAGCAAAAAGCGGAAUGCUGGCGGUGAUAAGGGGCAACAAUCGCAACGAACGGCGGAGAACUCAAGGGCGGGCAGUUCAAGCAUCCACGAUCUGUUGCAGGAUUUCCUGGUGCAGCAACAACACAUGGAUAUGCAGUGGCACGAGACGAUGGAGCGGCGUGCCCAGGAGCGGCUCGUUUUCGAACAGGAAUGGAGGCAGUCGAUGCGGAAGCUUGAGCAGGAGCGGCUGGUGCUGGAGCAUGAGUGGAUACAGAGAGAGGAACAGCGGAGGAUGAGGGAAGAAGCAAGAGCUCAGAAAAGGGAUUCGCUCAUGACCGCCCUGCUGAACAAACUUUUGCAUGAAGAUCUGUAGAAGGCGCGUUGCGCUUCUUUGUCAGCGGAUAGAUAAUGUACUAGACACCAUUUUUUUCUCACCGUGUUUCAUCGAUUCUUUUUAGCUCUUGCAGAUGUUGUUGUCCAGAAGAAAUGAUUCUUGUAGCAUUAGAGGAUUCUUUUCCGAUAUUUUUGUGAGCCAAGUAAUCUUAAUUUAUCGAUUAGUCUUGUAA